AGUAAGUACCAAUACAAGUUUAAAUUAUCGCUUACAAUUUUUUUACUCUAUUUUUUAACUUUGCCGUGGCUACGCUUUUAUGGCGGCUUUCUGAUCGGCACGUGACACACGUUUAUCGUCUGCAGCGCAAACGCGGGGCAGGUGGAAGUACUCAACAAGUUCGGUUGCACGUAUCGCGAAAGCUCGCGCGCGACAUGGCUCCUACGAUGAAAAAAGUUGCUAUAUUCGGAUCAACUGGUUUCACAGGACAAGCCGUGCUUGACUACGCCUUGAAGAAAGGGUACGAGGUGACUGUACUCGUGAGAGAUGCCUCUCGGCUGCCCACGGAAACCACAGCUCAACACGUGGUUGUGGGUGACGUGUUGAAGAAGGAGGACGUCGACAAGGCUGUCAAGGGCCAGGAUGGCAUCGUCGUGGUCCUCGGCACAAGGAACGACACAAGCCCCACUACAGCUCUGUCUGAUGGACUGAAGAAUAUCCUGCAGUCGAUGUCUGACCACGGGAUAAAGCGCAUCUCGGUCUGUGUAUCGUCUUUCUUGUUUUGGGAACGUGCCAAGGUACCGCCAAAGAUGGUACCGUUGACUGAGGACCACGAGCGCAUGUACGAAGCGCUCAAGGCCUGUGACCGUGAGUGGGUCGCCAUCUUUCCACCCCACAUUGCAGAUGAACCGGCACGGGGUGGCUACAAGAUGGUGAAUGACGCUCCGGUUGGCCGGGCCAUCUCGAAGUUCGAUCUGGCCGAAAUCCUUGUCAAGGCCCUCACCAUGGACGAGCACGUUGGGCACAGUGUUGGCAUUGGCUACCCGGCAGCCUGAGCAGGUCUCGGUGGCACACUUUGCUCCCGGAAGCAUUCCUCCCAUUUUGCUGGGCUCAAUUUACUCUCCACUGUAAUAUUGCGCAUAUAAUGUUCAAACCUUCUUCCAUGGUGUGGGUGCAGUUGUUGUGCAGAGAAAUAUUUCUCUAUGUGUGUCUAUAACGCAACGUUGUUUGUGCUGCCAUUAUGCUUGGGUGUGGUUACCUGUUGCAGUGGUAUGUUCAGCUUUUCCUGCAUGACGUGGCUACAGCCAUCCAAAGUGCCAGUACAAUAAACGGUAUGCCCUCCUACUUAAGGACACUCUUCGUCAAAUCUGUGUUGUUUAUUUUAGAUAUUUGCAUGGGGUAACCUGGUUUGUGUGCAUGACGGUAUUAUACAAUUCUAUGUAUUUUUUUUAUUAAGUUUGUUCGCUUAUUCUUGGCUCAAUGUUGUGCUACAGUGGGCUUCGUUAUCAGUAGAACUGGGUUAAACUGAACUGGAGUAUCACUAAAAUUGGGAAAAAAUCAGGGCAGGAAACAGACAUAAAAUUGUGACAAGUUCCUGGACAUUUCCUGGAGCACUGAAUGGGUUCAGUUAAUUUUUUUCGUAUGUAUUAUAUUGCUUAUCAUGCUCUGCCAGCCAACACACAUGCAGCUCUAGUCUCUACCAUCGAAGGAAAUUGUUAAGAUCGUCUCGAGUGUCUGCUCGCACAGUCUGCAUCCUUUCCUUGUUGAGAUUCUUGAAGUUGGAGAAUGGGCACUCCACUUCUACAGACAGAAGAGGUGAAAAACCCAAGAGCUCAUUCCGAGUCCUAGUCGGGAUCGCAAUUCGGUGUUCCUACAAGUGCACCCAUUGUAUGUCAGGAGUUUUUCUCGUGUGACUUUGGAAAGCUUUUCUUUGGCCGGAUCGUCCAACUUUUCUGCCACAGAAUUCAAAAUUUAAAACUGUGCCUCUACACCAAGCCCUGCUUUCGAGCCUCCCAAUCGCACUCGGUAGAAAUUCAUACAACUCAAUGUUGUGUAGCUCACGGGGAAGUGUGUGGCUGGUUAAACUUUCUCGCAGCCCCCUCGUGGUGGCAGUUGUCAGCUUCAACAUUUUUUUGCAAAGUUUCACACCUUGCCGUGUUUUUUUGCAUGUUACGUGGCUGCUCAUAAGAAUGCUAGGAACCAAGGUGUAGGCUAUAAGGAACACAGAGAUACUGCUUUUGUUUCUCGUAUAUGGGAUAUAUAAACUGAGCUGUGCUCAAUGUACAGACAUAUAGAAUGUAUGGGCAAAAGGUGCAAUUUGUAAUUUUGCGGGACAUCCAACGUGAAUUUGGCACAGUUUGGGAUAACAACGUCGCCGAAAACAAUUUGCAGUCUGUUUCGUAGAUGUUUGUUUGUACCCGACGCUAUUAUGUAUUUGGACAUUUGUCGAAAGCGGGACACGUCUCGGAAAUCCCAACUCUAGUCGUGACUAAGCCUAAAUUUGCAUAUUACAAGCUAAUGAUGUGUUAUUAUGUUGUGUAGCCAUGUGGCUACCCUGUAGCUCAUUGUACUUCCAUUUUGGUCUUGAAAUGAAUCUUUAUUUUGACUCAAAUCUGGCUUCAAAUGCACAGAUGCACAAUGCAAAAUCUUUUUAUAUGCAACAGUGCUGAUCUUGUAGCGACGAUGAUAAUGUUAUUGCAUUUGAAAACUCCCAGAUCGUCUUUCAAAUUUUCCGGGCUCAUUAUGUGAACCUUCUACUGAUGCUGAUAAAUGUUGUUCCAUUGAAUACACAUUGUUCUAGGUUUUUCUGCCUCAGUGCACUUCUAUAUGUAAAGUUGACUGUGCCAAACCCAGUAACAUAAAUUCUCAUAUGUUGUUAAAAACGAAUGAUUCUUGACACUGACACAUUCCUUGCAGAAUUUUCAAGAGAUGGAGUAGUAUUUAGGAUAUUUAGGCGUUUCUGGCAAUUUAUUUUUACUGCUGUGAAGUGGAGCUGCGUGUGUUAAUAACACUGGCAUGUUUGCCAUUCUUUUAUACCAUGCCCUUAAUGGCAACUUGCUGGAGCAUGGGCAAAAGUUUGGCGAGCUUGUAAAUCAUUGCAUAAUAUGAGCAGGGUGGAAGACCUGUUUGUCUCUUUCUAUCUUGAGGACAUCUUCGGCACUGCUGGAGCAUUGCUGCUUUGUGCUGCAGCACGAUUGGAAUGCAUAUGAAUUUGCUGGCAUUAGUGCACGUGUAUUUUUAGUGUUGCAUCGAGUGUCUUUACUUCUUGAGCAACAGGCGUGAGCACAAUUUUAGUGAGUGCAAUAUUACCCAUGCUUGUGUUUAAUAAACAGCUCGAAACACUGA